CAUGACCAUUGUCUCUUUUACAUCAUUACGCGUGAUUCAGGCAUAGAAAAUCCAACCACAAAUCAAAAAAAAAAAAAAAGAAAAGAGGUCUCACUAGUGAACAUAAGAGUUCACUGUACUAGACUUCACCAACUUCGUUUCCUUCUAUUAUUGCUUUCUAGAUCUGAGUAGUAAGGAGUGUUCUAGCCUUUGUUCCUUCACUACUUUUUGUCCUUCACUUCUGGUUUUGAUCAUGGCAGCCGAACUGGUAGCUGGUGCUUUGCUUUCUGCUUCACUUCAGGUUUUGUUUGAACGAUUGGCCUCUGAGGAGAUACCCCAGCUGUUCCAGGGGAAGAAGCCGAUUCUAGACCAGCUAUACGAGUUGAAGACCAUGUUGUGGUCAGCUCAUGCACUGCUCAACGAUGCUGAGGAGAAGCAACUUCGAAACCAGGAGGUCAGGAUGUGGCUUAUCGAGCUUCAAGAUGUGAUCUAUCAGGCUGAUGACUUGGUGGACAGGAUUGACUAUGAAGCUCUGCGAUCCAAGCUUGAAGAUGAUCAAUCCAGCAGCAGCAGUGCCAGCAAGGCACUCAUGAAAUUUAUGCCACCCUUUCUGUCCAAAUUUGAUGAAACUGUUAAGCUUGAUUCCCUGGAGGUCCUUCGUAAGCUAAAGAUCCUUGUUGAUCAAAAAGAUGCUCUUGGCCUGAGAGAAGGUGCUCAGAACAAACCUUCGCCAAGGCCACCAGCUCCUUUGGUAGAACAUGCUGAUGUUUAUGGGAGGGAUACUGAGAAAAAAAUCAUUGUUGAUCAGUUGCUGAAAGAUGAUGUUGAUAGUGGCAGUAACAUUUCUGUUAUCCCGAUUGUUGGGAUGGGUGGUCUUGGCAAAACCACUCUUGCUCAAGUUGUUUAUGACGAUGACAGAGUACAAAAGUAUUUUGAGCUAAAAGUAUGGAUUACUGUGUCGGAUGAGUUUGAUAUUUUUAAGAUAACAAAAGAGAUCUUUGAGGAGGUCACAACCGACAAAUGUGAUACUGAUAACUUGGACAAACUUCGAAGGAAAUUGAAGGAAGCAUUGAGGGGGAAGAAAUUUCUUUGUUCAUGAUGAUGUUUGGAACGAGUCUUAUUCUUUGUGGGAAACACUAAAGAGUUCUUUUGAGUCUGGAGCAAAUGGAAGUAAAAUUCUUGUGACUACUCGAAGCACAAUUGUCGCCACUACUAUGACCACUAGGCAGAUUCAUCAUCUACAAACUUUGUUGAAUGAAGAUUGUUGGCAGUUAUUUGUCAAACAUGCUUUUGGGAGUAAUUUUGACCAGAAUAGCAACAGAGAUCUGCAAGCACUUGGUAGAAAAAUAGUGGAGAAGUACAAAGGGUUUCCUUUAGCAAUAAAGUCUCUUGGUGGAUUACUGCGCUGUGAACAAAAUCCUAAAAAAUGGGAAGACAUACUUGGCAGUGACACAUGGGAGGAAUUGUACAAGAAAGAGGGCUCCAUUCUUCCAGUUUUAUGGUUGAGCUAUCGUCACUUACCUACACAUCUCAAGCAAUGUUUUGCUUAUUGUUCCAUAUUUCCCAAGGACUAUAACUUUAACAGUGACAAAUUGAUUUUAUUAUGGAUGGCUGAGGGGUUUUUCCUAUGGAUUCAAAAAGUAAAAAGAUGGAGGAAUUUGGAAAGGAAUACCUUGAAGAUCUCUUAUCAAGGUCAUUCUUUCAAUGUUCGAGUAAGAAUGCAUCAUUUCUCCAAAUGCAUGACCUCGUACAUGAUUUAGCCAUGCUUGUAUCAGAUGAUUUUUGCUUUAGGUUGGAUUUGAGUAGUGAUGUGCAUAGCCUUCCAACAAAGAUUCGUCAUCUGUCAUAUAGGAGAAG